AUGCCGUCUCUCGAAGCUGUCGCCGCGGGGCUCUCGGAGUCGCAUGCAAACCCCAAUGCGACAGCAUCCGAUGCUCCAGAAAUCGCCUUUCCGCCCCUGACGAGAGAUCACAUCCUGAACUGCUCUUAUGACAGCUGGUUCCCCAAAUACCGGACAUCUGCUCUCAAGUCACGGAUCAUCAAGCUCACUCCCGACUUUGUCAAGUACAUUGGCGAAGACGGCAUUAUCCUCGCCGACGACGAUGAGACGCAGCAAGACGACAGGCCAGACGAAGAAGAAUGGGCUUCGAGCGGUGCUUCCACCCGCCAAGCACCAGACUCUGACUCCGACUCCGACGACGAUGAGCCAGAGGCCGACACGCGCCCACCGAACGAACGCUUCCCCGAAAUCCACCAAGAGAUCAAGGACAAGAUCCGCGAACUCGGCGGCGCCGUCGCGCUACGGCCCGCCCUCGUCAGCAAGGUGCGCAGCUUCUUCGACGACAAGCUCCAGCUCACCUUCCCCGACGGCUGCUUCAUCUUUGACGUCUACGUGCCCGAGGACAGCGACGCGCGCGACGGCCUCGGCCGCGUGCGCCUCAUCGACGUCAACCCCUGGGCCGCCCGCACCGACAGCCUGCUGUUCGACUGGGGCGAGCUACUGACGUUUGACGUGCCGCGGCCCAUUCUCGGCUCCGUCGUCAGCCCGCACGAGUUUCGCGAGGACGUGGGCGCCGGCGCCGACGACGAGGACGCCACGACAGAGGACGAGGACGAGGCCGACGAGCUCGUGCCGGAGCUGCGGCUCAUGGAGCGGGAUAACCCAUCGUCGGCCAACUUCAGCUCGGCGCAGUACUCGGCGCACAAGCUGCCGAAGGAGGUUGUCGACGCGAGCACGGCCGGCGAGGGGGGCCUGCGGGAGUUUAUGCAGCGGUGGAGGGACAUGACGGCGUCGGAAGGAGGGGGCGACGUGUGGGAGUCUCCGCAGCAGUAG